AUGAAUUGCUUUGGAAAUUAUGCCUCUGGGCUUCCUGAAGACGUUUCCUUACUCAACAUGCACUCACCUCUGUUGCUUUCACUCAUGUCAUCGGAAGAUGAGCAACAGUUUGCUUCCACCUUGAAAAGGUGUAGUCCCCUCCAGGCCGUGGUGACGCAGCCCCGCCGUGGUGGGGCUGGCAAGCAUGCUGUGGCGACCGUUGUCCAGACAGGAGGUGACUGGAGCACCGGCCUCUUCAGUGUCUGCAGGGACAAGAAGAUCUGUCUCUGUGGGCUGUUCUGCCCCAUGUGUCUGGAGUGCGACCUGGCCAGGCACUAUGGAGAAUGUUUCUGUUUGCCAAUGCUACCUGGUUCCACCUUUGCACUGAGAACUGGCACCCGAGAGAGACACAAAAUACGGGGCACUGUGUGUGAGGACUGGCUGGCGGUGCACUGCUGUUGGCCUUUCUCCAUCUGCCAGGUGGCCCGGGAGCUCAAGGUGCGGCCGGCGCAGCUCUAUGAGGUCUACGCGGCCCCGCCCACCAAGGACACCCUGCUCUGA